AUGGAACAAUCACGCGUCAUUCGCGUCAUAAAGCACGCCCUUGAUGAAUUAGGUCUCAUCACCAUGUGGCACUCGCCACGCGACGUCAAGUUCCUUUGCGCUCAGCGCUUCGUGCGACUAUUUGCAUACGGCGGCUCAACGCUAAUUCUCGCAUCUUAUCUAUCCGCCAUUGGUAUCUCUGAUGAUCGAAUCGGUCUAUUCAUGACCCUGACCUUAGUCGGAGAUGUCGUGAUUAGUUUCUUCUUGACUCUUUUCGCUGAUGCAAUGGGUCGGAAGGCGGUUCUUUCGUUGGGAUCGAUUCUAAUGGCGGGUAGUGGUGUGAUUUUCGCGAUAUUUGGCAAUUAUUGGAUUCUUUUGGCUGCUGCUGUUUUUGGUGUUAUUAGUCCGAGUGGGAAUGAAAUCGGCCCCUUCCGUGCUGUGGAGGAGUCGACUCUAGCCCAUCUUACGAAGCAUGAGUUGUUGAGUGAUGUUUUUGCUUGGUAUUCGCUGGUCGGUACCGCCGGUACUGCUCUUGGUCAGCUUGUUUGUGGUUGGAUCAUCACUUCGCUGCAGUCCUUGCAUGGAUGGGAGUUUAUUCCUUCUUGUCGGAUUAUCUUCUUUGUCUAUGCAGCUGUCGGUUUGAUCAAGUUGAUUCUGACCCUGGCUCUGACUCGUGAUGUCGAGGCUACUGUGGAAGAAGUACAGGAGCAGGAACAGGAGCAAAAUGGGGAAACCCGCCCGCUCCUGGCCAGCCCUGUUGUGCAGGAGGCCCCAAAGAAGAAGUCGUUUUGGUCAACCAUCGAAGGCGAUCUGUGGUCUUUGGUCAUUCGCUUGUUCAUCCUCUUCGGAUUGGACGCUUUUGCAUCUGGAUUGGCAUCCCUGUCAUGGAUGACAUACUUCUUCCACCGGAAGUUCGACCUACCCGAAGGCGAAUUGGGAACUAUCUUCUUCUUCACUAGCAGCAUUGCCGCGGCCUCGAUGCUAGUCGCAACAUCGAUCGCCAAGCGCAUCGGUAAUGUCAAGACCAUGGUCUUCACUCACCUGCCAUCGGCUAUCUGUCUCCUGCUCAUCUCUGUGCCUAAUAACCUCCCAUUGGCACUAACCUUCCUUGUUCUUCGGGCCUGUUCCCAGAGCAUGGAUGUGGCCCCGAGAAGUGCAUUCCUUGCUGCAGCCCUGCCCUCCGAUAAGCGGACUGCCAUUAUGGGCGCGGUCAACGUGGUCAAAACCACCACGCAGAGUCUCGGCCCUCUUAUCACAGGUAUCCUGGCCCGGAACAACAUGUUCGGUAUCUCGUUCAUGAUUGCGGGUGGCUGUAAGAUUGUUUAUGAUCUUGGCAUGCUGUUCACCUUUGCUCCUAAGGAAGCUGAGCAGCGCAAACGGGCGCAAGAGAAUGAUGAGGAGACUCAGUAG